CUUGCAGCCCCAAUGGCAGAGCAGCCUUGCGCCAGAAGGACCUGUGUCUACACAGGCAAUGCUCUCUGGCUGGCUAUCCAGCGUCGAUACCGGAUGACAAUUGGCUCAACGUACCAGCCCGUGCAGUACCAAAAGCCAGACACCCAAAUCGCUAUGUAAGCAGAGCAGCGAAAGGAAUCGUUGGAGGGAGGAAAUAAGCAGCCUCGCUUGGACUGCCAACCAACUGUGGACAGACUGCGGCAUUAAUCGCAAAUGCAUGGCAAAAACGCGACAGGCUCCUCGGGGCCCGGGUUUGGCGAUGCCUGGGUCUUUACCGAGGUACCCGCACCAGCUGCCCGUGUUGUUGGCUUCUCCUUGCCCCGGCCAUGUUUGUGCUUGGCAGCUCGAUUUUUGUAGCCAUUUAUGGCCAUGUCCGCGAGUAUGGUCGGCCCAUUGUCUCCACAGAACAAACAAGAGGCGCCGAGAUAAUUAUGCAUAUCUAGUGUGCCCCUCUUGCCAUGAAGCAUCCCGUGAUGCUUCUAAUGAUUAUCACUGCCAAUGUCCAUUUGUGACAUGUCCAUUUUCUGCUGAUCCUCUGCUGGUGCUGAUGCCACCUGCUGAUUGAUGUAUGCGAAGGGCCCGUAGGACUGGAGCUGCAAUGGCCCGCAGAUCUGCCCCGUGACAGCUAA